AUGAUCGAUCCUUUAGAGAACAACUUGUUUGAUCUUCCCGAUUACGAGAACACAGAAGAUGAAAGGUUCCCACCUCUUCCACCUCCUGCCUCUCCAGGAAGAGAUGAUGUUGAAUGGGCUCAAGCUAAUGGAGAGCCAGAUGGAAACCAGCAGUCACAAGCAAAGGAUUCUGCUGCAGCUCCACGGAAAGCUGUUAAAAGACCAAGGCCUAAACUAGAUGCCCAGAGGUUAAUUUCAGAAAGAGGACUUCCAGCCCUAAGACACUUGUUUGACAAUGUGAAGUUCAAGGGUAAGGGGCACGAGGCAGAGGACCUGAGGACACUCAUACGCCAUAUGGAACAUUGGGCUCAUAGAUUAUAUCCUAAAUUGCAAUUUGAGGAUUUUAUUGAGAGAGUAGAGUAUUUGGGAAGCAAGAAGGAAGUUCAGACCUGCCUGAAGCGGAUUAGACUUGACCUUCCUAUUUUACAUGAAGACUUUGUGAGUAACAAAGAUGGUGGAGGGGAAAGCAACGGACUGGAUACAGCCACUGAAGAUGCACAUUCNNNCUCAGGGAAAGCAGAUGAACUCGGUUCUCUGCCUGCUACAACACUCACAGAAGAGCAACAAGAGCGAAUCAGGAGGAACAGGCAGCUGGCCUUGGAGCGGAGGCAAGCAAAGAUGCAGUGCAACAGCCAGUCCCAACACAACGAGCUCUCUGCUCAUCACUCAGAUGAGGAGUUUACUACCCCAGACGCUCAGGAUCCCACUGACCUUCUCAAAGAUGCUCAAGCUACCACAAGCAAGGUUGCUGUUACAGAAGCUGAAGAUCUAGAAUUGGAAUGA